GAUUGACGUAAUUACUGUAUGAAUGGUUUGUGAUUGUCGUGACAUCUGUUUGAAGACAAGGAUUGACUGAAGACUUGUCUGCGAUUCUUGUGUCCAAACUUUUCUAGCCUUCGCUUUAAUACACAAAACAUUUGCCAUUAGUUGACACCCAUUGGGAUCCGAUUGUCAUCACAAAUGCAUCGAUCGCUCAAACCGAUUCUUUCAAAUGUGUUUCGAUGUCAGAGUAAUUGUCUCCGAAUGGAGUCCACCGAAAGAGUGGUCACAUUAAUACCGGGCGAUGGCAUCGGACCGGAGAUCUCGAGCGCAGUUCAGCAGAUAUUUUCUGCCGCAAAGGUGCCGAUCGCGUGGGAAAAGGUUGACGUGACUCCUGUCAAAGGACCCGACGGUCGGUUCGGUAUUCCUCAGAAGGCCAUCGAAUCGGUACAGAAGCAUAAGAUCGGUUUGAAGGGCCCGUUGGCCACACCUAUAGGCAAAGGUCACCGUUCGCUGAAUCUUGAAAUACGAAAAGUGUUCUCCCUCUACGCCAAUGUCCGUCCGUGUCGUUCGAUCGAAGGCUAUGAGACACUGUAUGACAACGUGGAUGUGGUCACCAUUCGGGAGAACACCGAAGGAGAGUACAGUGGCAUUGAACACGAGAUCACUCCAGGAGUGGUUCAGAGCAUCAAAUUGAUCACUGAAAAGGCCAGCAGAAGAGUCGCUGAGUAUGCCUUUGAAUACGCGAAGGCCAACGGACGCAAAACUAUCACAUCUGUUCAUAAGGCAAACAUUAUGCGUAUGUCUGACGGUCUGUUCCUUCAAUGCUGUCGCGAAGUGGCCGAACAUCACCCGGAGAUCAAGUAUAAGGAGAUGUAUUUGGAUACCGUUUGUCUCAAUAUGGUUCAGGACCCGUCUCAGUUCGAUGUACUCGUUAUGCCUAACCUUUACGGCGAUAUCUUAAGUGACUUAUGCGCCGGACUUAUCGGUGGUUUGGGAGUCACUCCCAGCGGUAAUAUUGGCAAAGAUGGCGCUGUUUUUGAAUCGGUUCACGGGACGGCGCCUGACAUUGCGGGUCAAGACAAGGCUAAUCCGACGGCUCUGCUAUUGUCGGCUAUAAUGAUGUUAAGGUAUAUGAAUCUCAACCAAUUCGCCGAUCCUAUAGAGAAGGCGUGCUUUGAAGUGAUCAAAGAGAAGACCGCAUUGACUGCCGAUUUGGGCGGAAAAGCCACGUGUAGUCAAUUCACUCAACAGAUUAUCGCAAAACUCACAUAAGUUUAGGAUUAGUGUAUUUAUUGAAAAAAAUAAUAAUUAGGAAUCAAAAUAUGAAUUAUUUGGAAACUAUAUGCUUAGGAAAAGUGAGAAUACAAUCGAUUAACUAAUUUACAAAUAUUAUAUAAAUAUUAGGCUU